UUCUGAAACAAGUAACGGUACCGGGGCUGUGCCGGUGCGGCAAGUCAACAGAAAGUUUGUUUUGUCGGACUGACGCUUGUCCUGUGCGAUUGCAAAAGUGUGUCUGAGACCAAGAGAGGGAAAACAAAUUCAUAUUUAAAGUCAUAUUAACACGGAGAAGGAGAAGGACAAGGUCACAGGUUCGACUAAACUUUAUUUCACCGUGCGUCAUGAUUUGCAAACACAGGCCGCCGCCGACGGACAGGGGAAACUUCUGGACCGUCGCCGUCGCUGAACCGAACGGGACUUUAACGGAGACCGAAUAGCGCUCCGAACCACGACAAUGAACUUCGGCGUUCCCACCGAUUCGUUGCUUCUGUUCCGUGCCUGCGAUGAGGGCGACUACGAGACGGCCCGCGGCAUCCUGGAGCCCGGAGCCGCGAGGGAGUCCGGGCGGCAGAGCCGGCUGCGGUCAGAGGUGGGGUCGGAGUGUUGCGGCGCCGCGGACGCGUUGUCCCUCGUACCGGUGGACUGCACCGACGAAGAGGGCAACACCGCCCUGCAGUUCGCCUCGGCCAGCGGCCACGAGAACCUGGUCCGCUUUCUGCUACGGAAGGGAGCGUCGGUGGACAGCCGCAACAACUACGGCUGGACGCCGCUGAUGCAGGCUGCCAGGUUUGGUCACUUGACCGUUGCCCACAUCCUGCUGGAGAAUGGGGCUGAGAUCACUGGACGGAACAGGCUGGGUGCGAGCGUCCUGACCAUGGCGGCCCGCGGGGGACACACUCACGUGGUUAAACUGCUCCUGGAGAGCGGGGCCUACGUCGACGACUAUGAUCAUCUGGCCGUCGCCUCAGACGCAGCCUCCAACGGCAACAAUAACAACAGCUCUGGUUUCGGCGGUGUCGAGGUUUGUCCUGAAGGGGGAGGUGGCAGAGAAUUCAUGGACAUCACAGCGCUGAUGGUGGCGUGUCAGCAUGGCCACGAGGCCAGCGUGUGCCUGCUGCUAGAGUGGGGCUCCGAUGUCAACUUCUCCCAGAAGACCACUGGCUGGGGACCGCUGAUGGUGGCCACCCUCAGUGGGAAGGUGGUUGUGGCUCAGCAGCUGGUGGAACGCGGAGCUGACCCAGACCGACUCAACGUACUGUCCAAGACGUCGUUUGAACUGGCCAUGCAGCUGAAACAGAGAGAUAUCAAAGGCUAUCUGGACUCCAUCACCACUGUCCGACCGCAGACAGACGAUGAGAGAAGACGACCAGAUGUGUUCAGUGCCCUCAAGUUGGGGAAUUCCCAGCUAGUUAAAGAGAUCCUGGAGGAGGAUCCCACUCAGGUGAAUUCCUCCAGCCAGGAGGGAGCAUCACCACUGAUGAUGGCCGCGGUGAGCGGCCAGUUAGAAGUGGUCCAGCUGAUGGUUGAGAAGAAAGCCGACAUAGACAAACAAGAUGGUGUCCAUGGGUGGACUGCACUAAUGCAGGCCACCUAUCACGGUAAUAAAGACAUUGUCAAGUACCUGCUGAGUCAAGGGGCUGAUGUCAACCUUCGAGCUAAGAAUGGAUACACAGCCUUUGAUUUGGUUAUGCUGCUAAAUGACCCAGACACUGAGCUGGUGCGUUUGUUAGCAUCCGUGUGUAUGCAGGUAGAUAAGGACAAGUCGAAAAACAGAGGCAGAGCUUUAAUGACUCGCUCCAAAAGCCGGCAGUCUCUCAACAAUGUCCCUUUACCACCUGAUGAAAAGGGUGGCCUGAAGUCCUGGUGGAGUAGGAUGUCAAAUCGGUUCCGGCGGCUUAAGUUGACUCACACCUUGAGGCACGGCCUCUCGUCCAAUCGCCUGGCUCCAUUCCCUGAUGAUGCGGAAACUCCACUGGAUGCCACAAUGAAGGCGGAUAGAAAACCAGGUGCCGUGUCUAAUGGGGCGACAGCACCAACUCCUGGUAUGGGAGGGAAUGAUGUGAGCACCGCCUGGGCUGUCAAGAGCAAAGACACCGGUCUUUGCAGGUCAUCCUCAGAGAAGGAGGACUUCCUCAUAACCACACUGUUGAGAAGUGGUGCACCCUUGACUCGGCUGCCCAAUGACAAGCUGAAAGCAGUGAUCCCUCCCUUCCUGCCUCCGUCCAACUUUGAGCCGUGGAACUCAGACCGGUCGCGUCUCCUCAGGGAGGGAAAGAGUGAAGCGCCCCGCCUACCCAUGCCACCCCAAAGGAAACUAAACAGCAGUGGAAACUCAGAUAUUACAUCUAUCAGUCGUGUGGUUAGCAGGUCCAUUAAGUUUCCCAGCAUCCCAAAGGGGCCUUCCUCCUCCUCUCCUUCAAACUCUGGUCACUACCACUCCCCCCACUCCUCCGGUGGUUCAAAUGGAGUGGCAGGGCUCAACAGGGACUCUCACAACCGCUCAGGGGGCAGUGCAGACAGUGUUCUCUCCCAGAUAGCAGCUCAAAGGAAGAGAGCAGCUGGCCUGAUGGAUGUGAAGGUUCAAGCUCCAGAGAAACAGCACAGCCCGACACAGAGCCAACCCCCACCUGCAGCCCCAGCACCCGGCCUGCCGCUGCCUGAUAUCAGCCAACCUGACAUCCACACACACACGAGCUUGGUCGCCUCCGACAUCCACUCAAGAAGGAAGAUGGAGUUGAAGAAGAGACCUCAGUCAGGAAAUUCCUCCACCUCCAAGAGCACGUCUCCAACACUGACCCCAUCUCCUUCCCCGACACCCAAGGCUCCAACUGGGCCUGGAGACUCUCUGUCCUCAGCCUCUUCCCAUCCUCGCUCCAAGAGCAGUGGAGGCUCCAGCAGUGGGACCAUCACUGAUGAAGAUGAGCUGUCGGGUAUCUUGAAGAAACUGUCCCUGGAGAAAUACCAGCCCAUAUUUGAGGAACAGGAGGUGGACAUGGAGGCAUUCUUAACUCUAACAGAUGGAGACCUGAAGGAGCUGGGCAUUAAAACAGACGGACCCAGACAACAGAUCUUGGCUGCCAUAUCAGAGCUUAAUGCUGGAAAGGGUCGAGAAAGGCAGAUUCUUCAAGAGACCAUCCAUAACUUUCAGUCAUCGUUUGGUAGCAGCGCCAGUAACACAAGACAACCAGGUGAACCACGCUCUCCAUCAGGUUGGAUGAGGCACCAGGUUCGUUCCUCCAGCAAGAGGUAGCCAAUAGCCCUGAUACCCGUCAGGGAGUACACCAAAGGUACUUAAGAUAAGAGUGAAGUGCUGGUGGCCCAUAGCCAAGGAACCAAUAAAAUGGAGUUUCAUGGACACCAGUGUCCCAGACCUGUAGAGGACGCUACAACAAAACGACCAAGCAGGCCCUGAUAAUCUUCCUUUUGGGACCUUGCAGAAACUAAACUGCCUAAAAGUUUUCCUCUUAGGGAUCUUAAAGCAGGAGCACUGUGACACAGGGCUGGCUGAGUCCAGCAGCCUGCUGCCAAAUGACAAAGCAAGAUGUGUGUUUGUGUGUGGCAAAUUGUUUAUUUCACCACAGUGAGUCGUUUGUCACGUCUAGUGCUAAUGCAGCACACGGGUUUCACAGAGAUGUCAGAGAUCAGGGAGUGACGGGAAGAUCAGAUACAAAGCGGAGGGAGAGCGAAUGUGAGCCUAUUCUAUCUGAACAAAUGUGAGAGAUCCCAGCCUAUGUGCUGUUAAAUUGGUGAGUAAAGUCAGAGGAAAGAGAGAGAUUAUGAGUUUUGCAUUAAAAUAUAAUAAAUUACCCAGUAAUAAUGUGACUGUAGAGCAAUUUAAAUGACUGAAACGAUGCGCAAUGAGGAAAGCAAAUGGAGAAAGAGAAAGGGACAUUAGCCAUAGCCGAGCUAUUUGUUUUAGUCAUCCAGUCUUUUUCUAUGUCUUGAAUUAACGGACCACUGCACAAACAGAUGAUUUUAGUCAAGACUGUCGCUGUCAUGAUGACGCAAUAAGUAAAUGUUUUUUUACUGUUAAGAUCCUGUUGGACUUGAGAUGAGGAAAAUAUUGGCAAAACUUUUCUUGGGGAGCAUUUUAUGAGCAGUGUAAAUUUAGUUUGGAAGAGGUUUGAGCAAUAGUUUCCACUGAGCCUGCUCUGUGUUUAUGCAUCUGGCUCCACAUGCAGACAGAUGGAGCACUGUAUCAUCCCUAAAUAUCAGGUACUUAUGAUCCAUGUUUUAAAUCCAAAUUAUGUGCUGUGGUUGAGUUCAGGACUGAUCGGUUGAAUUUCAGAUUACAUCAUAUCCUGUUUAGUCAUGUUGUGAGUCGGGGAAACAUGAAUAAACACACUGUGCACUUUUUAAAAGCACUCUGGAUGAUGAACUAAAUCACAAACCAGAAAUAAAACCUGUGUCCAAAGUAAAAUGCUGCAAAAUGAAACAAACUGAAUACAAACGGUAUUUAUUGAUUUGGUGCUCGGCAUGAAUACUUGGGAAGCUUGUUUCAGUUCCAGCUUUGCUUGUGUAGAGACUGUAUGUAAAAAAACAAAACCAUCUGUAUGCCACAAGAUGGCAGUGACCCUCUGUUGAUGCAAUAAAUGAUGGGAGUGGUAAUGUCGUGCUGGCCCUUGAGACCCUG